AUGGUUCCCGACCUCGUCAGUUCGUUCCAGUUUAAAACAAAUGAAGGGAGUUGGAGCACCAUACCUUCUAACACCACCACUUGGGCACUAAUUGGAUUUAAACCUGGAAACGAAAAAAAAUGGCUAUGUGGAGGAACUAUUAUAAGUCCACAAUACAUUCUUACGGCUGCACACUGAUUGAGCCACCACGAACAUGGCAAAGCUAAAUACGUAAGAAUUGGCUUAAGAAACAUCAACGACGAACACAGACAAGAACUAAAAGUAAAAGAUCGUAUUCCUUAUCCCGAUUAUAAGUCAAGUUCAUAUUACCACGACAUUGGACUUUUGAAAUUGGAAACACAAGUCAAAAUGACGCCGGAUGCAAGACCAGAAAGCAAUUGCAACUGGAUGGGAUCAGACCACAUGGGAGGACCACUUCAAAUAGAUCACCGUGGUGACAAAAUACGCGGUGUGUACGAUAUAAUUGGAAUAACAUCGUUUGGAAAGGGGUGUCCUGGGAAUAUAGGCGUGUAUGUGAGAGUGUCACAUUAUAUUAAGUGGAUAGAAGAUAUAGUAUGGCCUAAAACAUAUCUCCAUUAAACGAAACUUGUUUACUUAAAAAUACCAAUCAAUUAAAAGUGUUUUAUUAAUUCACAUUCAAGUUUCUUGAUAUGUGCGUAAUAGUGUCUGUGGUGAGUUAGACUUUUUGGAAUGUCUCAUAAUGAGUUCAAAAAUAAAUUUGUCAAAUGUAUUAAAAAACCGCUCGUCCGUUCAAAAAUGUGUAUCAUACAUCAUAUACAAUGUUCUUUACUGCUUUGUAUUGUUUUUAUUGGUUUAUACAUUUUUAUGUUGUAUUAAGUGAUUCAUUUGAAACAAU